GUCGGAAGAGAGUUUUGAGGAGCGGAAGUACCCAGGGGAGGUCACUCUGACCAACUUCAGGCUGAGGUUUCUCUCCAAGGACAUGAAGAAGGAGCUGCUCACCUGCCCCACGCCCGGCUGUGACGGCAGUGGCCACAUCACCGGGAACUACGCCUCCCACCGCAGGUGCCCCACGCCUGGAUGCGACGGCUCCGGCCACAUAACUGGGAACUACGCGUCACACCGGAGCUUGUCCGGCUGUCCUCGUGCCAAGAAGAGCGGUGCCAAGGCGGCCCCCACGAAGGACGACAAGGAUGACCCCGAGCUGAUGAAGUGCCCGGUUCCAGGCUGCGUGGGGCUCGGCCACAUCAGCGGCAAAUACGCCUCACAUAGGAGCGCGUCUGGCUGCCCGCUGGCCGCCCGCAGGCAGAAGGAAGGCUCCCUCAACGGCUCGGCCUUCUCCUGGAGGUCGCUGAAGAACGAGGGGCCCACCUGCCCCACGCCGGGCUGCGACGGCUCCGGCCAUGCCAACGGGAGCUUCCUCACCCACCGCAGUUUGUCUGGCUGUCCCAGGGCCACCUUUGCUGGAAAGAAGGGGAAGCUCUCAGGGGACGAGGUUCUCAGCACAAAGUUCAAGACCAGUGACGUGCUGGAGAGCGACGAGGAGAUCAAGCAGCUGAACCAGGAGAUCCGUGACCUGAACGAGUCCAACUCAGAGAUGGAGGCCGCUAUGGUGCAGCUCCAGUCCCAGAUCUCGUCCAUGGAGAAGAGCCUGAAGACCAUCGAGGAGGAGAACAGGCUCAUCGAGGAGCAGAACGAGGCCCUGUUCCUGGAGCUGUCGGGCCUGAGCCAGGCCCUCAUCCAGAGCCUCGCCAGCAUCCGCCUUCCGCACCUGGAGCCCAUCUGCGAGCGGAACUUCGAUGCCUACGUGAGCGCCCUCACCGACAUGUACUCCAACCAGGAGUGCUACGAGAACCCCGAGAACAAGGCCCUCCUGGAGAGCAUCCAGCAGGCCGUGAGGGGCAUCCAGGCCUAGGCCCCGCGCUCGCGGCCCUGUGCCGGCCCCGGCCCGGCCGGCUCCACUGUUUACCUCCCUGCCCGCCCUCCUGGUGGAGACGCCCCUCAGGCCGGCCUGGCCAGGGGGUGUCCCCGCAGCCUCCUGCAGGGCCAGGCCGGCCUCGCCCAUGCAGCCGGGAGGCGUGAGGUGUCACAAAGUGAUCUAUUUUUGUUUUCUGAAAGAAAUCUCAAGAGCGGCUCAGCGACCCCAGUGGCAGCUCACGCACGGACAAGGUUCUCAGGGAAGCUUCGGCGUUCGCGACAGUGUUCCUGCUGCGGGCCGCAGGCCCGCACGGGUGUGUCUCCUGUUUUCAUUUAGUUCAGGUUUGUGUUCAGGAGGGAACGGCCCCCUCCGGGUGGGGAGGAGGAGGCCCGAGCGCCCUGGGAGGCGGCCGGCCAGUGCCCGGGCUGCCCACACAAACAGCCGGGGCCGGGGGCCUCGGCACAGACCCAGCGGCCGGGGCCGCUGCUGCCCUCACGCCCACCCGGGCCCGGGGCCUGCCACUCCGUUUUCCCCAGUCACAGCCCAGCUGUGAGAAGAUUUCCCUUCUUUUAGUCCAUUCAGGAUGUGGAAAAGGCUAAUUUUAAUUCAGUGUGUUAAAAACACGACAUUCCUACCAUGUAAAUAGAGUCCAAAUCAAUCGUGCCGGCAAUUCCAAGUUAGUAUUUAAAAGUAGAGAAAUUGCACUUCCUGGCAGAAAUUUAAAAGGUAGUUAGUUUAAUUAUUCUGUAAAUUAUUUAAUUUCGUCAAGAUGUAAGUAUUUAUAUUCACAGCCACUUACGUUAACGUUCGCUAUUUAUUUCACAUUUUUAUUUAUUGAGUUCGUACACGUCAGCAGACCCUCCCCGGGCCCAGAGCGGCAGGGAGGGGACAGCGGCCGCCCUAGCGAGUGGCCGCCCCUCGCGAGCGGCCGCCGUGUCGCUGGGACGCGGCCGUGAUUCCCACGCAGCCAACUUGGUUUAAUAUAUUUUGUUAUUUAUUCUUUUAAUAAUGGAGUUUUUAAAAAAGUAUUUUGUAACUGAAGAAUUUUGAUAAUUUGGGAGAUUUUCCCGGGGCCAGCGGGGAGGAGGACACUCCAGCCCCUCCGCCGGGCCCGCGCUAGGCCCAGACAGCAGGUGGAGUUCGUGUUUGUCGCGUGUAGGCAGAUGUGUGUGCUCUGGCGUGUUUCUCGUGUCGCGUCUGUGUGCCGGUCCUGAUGCCGCGUCGGGCGCCGCGAGGGCGUGCUGGCUGCUGUGAGGGCGUGCUGGCUGGCACGGGCAGCACGGGCAGCCGCCGGCCGGCCCUCGACAGCUCUGAUACUGUGACCCUCCUUCCUCAGGAAACGCGUUGCCCCACAGCACAGCACUUCCCGUGUGUCUGCAGGGUGAUUUCCUAAUAAAAGUCCACUAUGA